AUGGAAACAAAUACCAAGACCUUAUCGAUAAAGGAAGAAGAGUUGAAGGAAUCACCUUUUCCUAUUUUUCAAAAUAAAUUGGGUUAUGAUGAAUCAGAUAAGAUGAAUAGUGCUCAUUUCAUGUUGAAACUUAUUUGGGAUAAUUUUGGCUCGCCGGUUACUGAAGUCUUGAAGAACGGUGGGAAAGUUUUAGAUAUAUGUUGCGGUACGGGUAUUUGGACGUUGGAAAUGUCUGUAGACUUUCCAAAAUCGAGAUUUUAUGGCAUAGACAUCAAUCAUUUAUUUCCAGAGUGCGUAAUGCCACCCAAUUCAGAGUUCAUCCAAUCAAAUAUACUGGACGGAUUACCAUUCGAAGAAGAAGUAUUUGAUUUCGUAUUUAUAAGAGAUACGAUGCUCUCGCUUGAAUCAAAAGAGUGGGAAAAUGUGGUGCUCAAUGAAGCCAUCAGAGUAACGAAACCUGGUGGUUAUAUCGAGAUUGUAGAACCUCAUUUAGUAGCUUACGAUUUUGGAGAAAAUUUUACUAAUUGGUUUGAUACUUUCUUUAUUAAAGUUCUUGAUAUGUUAUUAGCGAGUAAACUGGAUUUAUCAUUAAAUCUUAAUUUGGAUAAGAUAUUAGACAAUCACGACCGAUUAGACGAUAAUCUGAGACAAGUAACUAUGUAUUGUCCAAUUGGUAAAUGGGGCAAGGUUACCGGCGGAGUUGGCAAAGAAGCUACAUUGUGUUAUAUCGAAUAUUUGAAAGAUCGUAUUUGCGAUUACACGAAAAUGUCUAAAAAAGAUUAUGAACGUAUAGCUAUUUUAAGUAUAAAAGAAUUUUCGUAA